UAGUUUGGAAUUAUAAUUAUGAGCUUUUAUAUUGAAGUUCCUAAUUUAAACCUCGUUUCCUAUAUAAAAGGAAUCUAAAGUCUUUUCCUAUAAAAUAUAUAUGGACAUCAAUUUAGUUAUGUUUAAUUAUAUCCAUAAAGAACAAAAGAAGAGAGUGGGAAGGAGUCUAAUUGUAUUAUUAUACGAAUUUAAGUGAUCAGAGGGAGCUUAUCGAAAAUCUUAGCCGAUCUUGUACAAUGUUUCCUAACCACCAAAGUAACUAUGAUCAUGAUUUGGUACCCCAAAUCUCUUCAAAUCCCCACCAACAAGAUCUGGUUGGAAUAGAUACCAUAGAUAUGGUAGGAGGGCAGACCCAUAAUACGAUAUUCUGUACCCGCGACAACAUUAAUUAUCCGCAACCACAACGACACCAUGAUCACCACAAUAAUAGUGAAAAGAAGAUCUUCCGUAGAGACAAUGAAAGACAAAGAAGGCUACAUAUGACUUUCCUAACAGCAUCACUUCGAUCUCUACUUCCUCAAGAGUUAAUUCAGGGAAAGCGCUCAAUCACCGAUCACAUGCAUGAGGCUGUGAAUUAUAUAAAUUACAUGAAGACUAAGAUUGAAGCUUCAAGAGUCAGAAGAGAUGAUCUCAAAAGUAGUUGUUUCCUUAAUUCGAGCAUUACUCAUCAAAACAUUGAUUGCGAAAUUAGUAGCAAUGUCCAAAAUUGUAAAUCGCAGAACUAUAAUUUGUUAGUUAACAUUAAUAAUAUUAUAGUUCGCCCAUGCUUAGGAGGAAUUCUAGAGAUUGUAAUUAGUAGUCAUUUGCCCCUGUCAAAAGUUCUGCAAGUGUUGCUCCAACAAGGACUUAGCAUUGAAGAGUGUUAUUCUACGAAAGUCAAUGGAAGGCUUAUUCACACUCUAAAGUCUGAGGUUGCCCAUAAUAUGAGUGAAUAUAUUGAUCCACAUGAACUUCAACAAAAGUUGUAUGUUAUAUUCUCAAGUAGUACUACGUCCGAGUGAUGAUUUACGACCAAUAUGAGUAUAAUAUAUAUAUGUGUGUUUCCUGCAUUAUCAUGGAUUAUAGCAAGAGACAUUUGUGAAAAUGCUAAAUUAUUCUUUAUACAGCUUGCUUUGUGCUAAUCAUUAUCAAAUGAUGAUGAUAUGAUACAUCUUACGUUAAAGGUAAUUUCUUUCGGUUUCAUGAGUUUGAGAAGCUCCAAUGAAAUGUGGAUAUUUGUUGUUUUAUGUGUUUGGAUGCGGACAGAUUAUUAUUGUAUCGGCCGAUCAGCGCUACCGCUACACAUAUAAUUUACUUAUCUUGAAUGAGACAAGUGAUUUAUACAGCAUGAAUCUAUUCAUGAUUUUGUGA